AUUUCCGUUUCCUCCCGGAGUCGGAAACCACUGUUUCCCGGGUGAGCGCGGCCUGGGCAGGAAGCGAGAGCGAGUCCGGGUUGUACCCACCUGCAGCCAUGGGACGCAGAAAGUCAAAACGGAAGCCACCUCCCAAAAAGAAGAUGACAGGCACCCUGGAGACGCAGUUCACCUGCCCCUUCUGUAACCACGAGAAGUCUUGCGAUGUGAAAAUGGACCGUGCCCGCAACACCGGAGUCAUCUCUUGUACCGUGUGCCUCGAGGAGUUUCAGACCCCCAUCACUUAUCUGUCAGAACCCGUGGACGUGUACAGCGAUUGGAUAGACGCCUGCGAGGCGGCCAAUCAGUAGCGACGUGGAGGACCCACCCCCCUCGGCGGCCCCGCCCACUGCGGCCCCGCUCGCCGGGUUCCCGCCAGACAUUCCAGGGGCCGGGGUGUGGGUCGGGGUGCGGAGCCCCUCACCGUGCCUGUGCGGCCUGCGUGGCCGAGCGGCGGGGGGCGGCGGCGGCGGGGCUCCCGCACCAGCCCCCCAUUUGGUCCAGUAGCGUUUGAGCCGCUCCCUUCGGCCUAUCCCCGCUCUGGGGGCUCCGGCUCCCCUGGAGCAAAAGACAGAUGCGCGGACCCCCCCCAGCCCGCCUCACCGCUCCCCCCGGCCUGAGUGGACUGGACUUCCUGCCCCCCUCCCCUCCCCGGGACCCCAGGGCCCUCAGCCGGCCCGGCCCGGAGUCAGCGCCUCCCACCCGGGAGCCCCCGUCGUGUCCAUGUGGGGGAGGCGGAAGCGGGUUGGGGGCGAAGUAGUCGUUCAGUAAAGCAGCCAGUGCUGA